AUGCAUUCAUCCAUGCUCUUGCGUACCCGGGGUCUUACCCUGGCCAAGGCCGGCUUUGCUCGCUGUAGCGUUCGCACAAUGGGCUCCUACGCCACCUUCAAGGUCCCUCGCAUUGACAACGAGCCCAACAAACAUUACAUCCCUGGCUCGCCUGAUCGGAAGGCUCUCGAGGAAGCUCUGGCUAGAACCAAGCAAGACGCUCCUCUCAAUGUCCCAUUGGUGAUUGCUGGCAAAGAGAUCAGCAGCUCUCAGUCUUUGACGCAGUCGAACCCCGCCACUCAUGGCCCUGUGGCUACCUACUCCAAUGCCUCCGCCUUAGACGUCCAGGCGGCUAUCGAUUCCGCCCUGGAUGCUCGCAAGUCGUGGGCUUCGACCUCCUUUGCCGACCGUGCCAGCGUCUUCCUGAAGGCGGCGGAUUUGAUCGCCACUAAGUAUCGCUACGACGUCAUGGCCCUGACCAUGCAUGGCCAGGGCAAGAAUGCCUGGCAGGCCGAGAUCGAUUCAGCCGCCGAGCUGUGCGACUUUUUCCGCUUCGGUGUCAAAUAUGCCGAGGAACUGUAUGCCCAGCAGCCUGUGCACCAUGCUCCGGGUGUCUGGAAUCGCGUGGAAUACCGUCCCCUCGAAGGUUUCGUUUACGCCAUCAGUCCUUUCAACUUCACCGCUAUCGGCGGUAAUCUGGCUGGUGCUCCGGCCCUGAUGGGUAACGUCGUGGUAUGGAAGCCCUCGCCAUCUGCCAUCGCCUCCAACUGGUUGGUCCACCAGAUCCUCCUGGAGGCCGGUUUACCCAAGAACGUCAUCCAGUUCGUCCCUGGAGACGCCGAGGAGGUCACCAACACCGUUCUCAACCACCCCGAUUUCGCCGCUCUUCACUUCACCGGUAGCACUGCUGUCUUCCGUAAUCUGUAUGGACAGAUUGCCAACGGAGUUGCCCAGGGCAAAUACCGCAGCUAUCCUCGCAUUGUGGGUGAGACCGGUGGAAAGAACUUCCAUCUUGUUCACAAGUCAGCCGACGUCCGUAACGCAGUCGUCCAGACCAUUCGUGGCGCCUUCGAGUUCCAGGGUCAGAAGUGCAGCGCCACCUCUCGCGCCUAUGUAGCCAACUCCAUCGCCUCUGAGUUCCUGGAGCAGAUUGCCGCCGAGGUCAAGAACCUGAAGGUCGGCGAGCCCUCUGACUUCACAAACUUCUGCGGCCCCGUCAUCCACGAGGCUUCGUUCAACAAGCUGUCCAAGGUGAUCCAAGAUGCUAAGCAGGAUCCCGAGCUAGAGCUUGUAGCCGGAGGUACAUAUGACUCCUCCAAAGGCUGGUACAUCCAGCCUACCAUCUUCCGCACCUCGAACGCCGACCACCCUCUUCUGUCCAAGGAGCUCUUUGGCCCCAUCCUGGUCAUCCACACCUACAAUGAUGCCACCGAGGCCGAUUUCGCCAAGAUCUGCGAGAAGGUUGACCAGACCGGUGAGUACGGUCUGACCGGUGCUGUGUUCGCCCGUGACCGGGAAGUCCUUCAGAUGGCCGACAGCGCCCUGCGUAACACCGCAGGCAACUUCUACCUCAACUGCAAGAGCACCGGUGCCGUUGUUGGACAGCAGCCUUUCGGAGGCGCGCGUGCAUCUGGCACCAACGACAAGGCGGGCAGCGGUAACCUGCUGUCUCGCUUCGUCAGCCUGCGUUCGAUGAAAGAGGAGUUCUGCCCUACCUACAACGUUGCCUACCCGAGCAACGCUUGA